AUGCACUACUUCCUCGGCAUCGAGGUGGUCCGACGGACUGACGGCUUCUUUCUGCAUCAGCAGAAGUACGCCCACGUGCUCCUGGAGCGUGCCGGUAUGCUUAACUGCAAGCCGGCGCCCACCCCCGUCGACACGAAGGCGAAGGUCUCUGCUCUCAAGGGGUCUCUUGCGUCCGAUGGAGCGUUCUAUCACUCUAUUGUCGGUGCUUUACAGUACCUGACGCUGACUCGCCUCGACCUGCAGUACGCUGUCCAGCAGCAGCCCACGGUCUCCCACUCCAGCGCCGAGGCAGAGUAUCGCGCCGUGGCUAAUGCCAUGGCUGAGUGCUCUUACAUACGUCAGCUGUUCCAGGAGUUGCUUUGUGAUGUUCACAAGGCCACUCUUGUCUACUGCGAUAACGUCAGCGCGGUCUACCUCUCCGCCAACCUGGUGCACCAUCGAUGGACGAAGCAUAUUGAGCUCGAUAUUCACUUCGUGCGCAAGCAGGUUGCCCUUGGCCGUGUUCGGGUUCUCCACGUGCCGACGACGCAACAGUUUGCUGAUGUGAUGACUAAGGGAUUGCCUACUCCCGUCUUCGAGGAGUUUCGGAACCUCGUGUUCGAUCUCCCGCCUGUGACCUGGGUCAUCUUCGACAUGGAGCACGUCUUGUAUGCGGCCAAGGAGAUGGGCCUUCCCUGUGUCACCCUCUGGACAAUGAGCGCCUGCGCCUUCUUGGCGUUCCACCAAUGUCAGUCGCUUGUCGAUAUGGGCAUUGUCCCGCUCAAAGAGGCUGAGCACCUAAAGAAUGGAUACCUGGACAACACGGUCCUGGACUCGGUGCCGGGGAUGCCCAAAGACGUUCGCGUCAGAGACUUCCCGAGCUUCAUCCGCACCACCGACCUUGACGAUGCCAUGCUUAAGACCUUGCUGCGCUCAAUGGCAUGCUACAGGACCACCCCAUCCGCCAUGAUCUUCAACACCUUCGAUGACAUAGAUCAUGAAGCCAUUGCGGAGAUGUCUACCAGCCUGCCACCGAUCUAUGCCGUGGGGCCAUUGCCGCAACUCCUCGGUCAAGUCUCUGGUAGUGUGGUUGACACAUUGGAAUCAAACCUUUCCAAGGAGAACAACUCCUUCCUAGAAUGGCUCAAUGCAAACAGUCGACAAGAGUUCCUGUGGGUGAUCAGAAAUGACCAAGUGAACAAUGGCGACGGCAAUGCCCCGGCUUCUAUUCUGCCACCGGAAUUCUUGGAGGAGACGGAGGAAAGGAGUUACGUGACGAGCUGGUGUCCACGAGAGGAAGUGCUUCAAGACGAGGCGGUUGGCGCAUUCUUGACACAUUUUGGGUGGAACUCGGUUUUAGAGAGUAUGAGCACUGGGGUGCCAAUGUUCUGUUGGCCAUUCGGCGCCGACCAGUUUACGAACAAGCGGUAUGUUUGCUCUGAGUGGCGUGUUGGGCUGGAGAUCAGCGACAACGUUGAAAGAAAUGAGGUGAAGGAGGCCAUCAUAGAAAUGAUGGAAGGGGACAAGGGAAAAGAAUUAAAAACAGUGGCGAUGGAAUGGAAGGAGAAGUCAACCGUUGCUGCACUGCCAGGUGGAUCCUCUUGGGUAAAUCUAGAGAAGGUUGUCAAUGAGGUGCUUCUUGUGACUCCUACCAAGAGGGUCACGGAAUAUGAGUAG